UAGGCUUAAUAAGUUGCACAACUUGAUGUCUAGUUGGUUGCAAUUGUAACAUAACUUUUUAUAAAAGUAUUUUUUAGAUUGAUUUAGUUUCUAUUACUGUUGAAUUUUAUUUUUAUUGUUAAAUUAAAAGUGAAUUUAAUAUAAAUCUAAAAUAAUGUUCGCAACAACUGUGAUUAAACGGUGUCUUUCUGAAAAUUUUGCUGGUAGAGUUGCUCUGGUGACAGGUGCUGGUGGAGGUAUUGGCCGGGCUGUUAGCUUAAUGUUGGCACAAAAGGGUUCAUCUGUGGUAUCAGUUGAUUUGAAUGAAAGUCAUGCCGCAGAGACGCGAAAACAAUGUGAAACUUUUUCUGGUACUCAUUUACAUCAUCAGGUCGAUGUGUCCUCUAAAGAAUCUGUGACAAAAUUAUUUUCUUUUAUCAAGGAAAAUUAUCCUAAACCUCCGAGUAUCAUCGUUAAUUGUGCUGGAAUUAUUAGAGAUUCAUUUCUUUUGGAAAUGUCAGAGGAAGACUUUGACAGUGUCAUCAAUGUCAAUUUGAAAGGAACUUUUCUAACUACUCAGGCUGCUGUUGAUGCCAUGGUUGCUGGUAAAGUUGAAGAAGGGUCAAUAAUCAAUCUAUCAAGUAUUUCUGGUAAGAUUGGAAACAUUGGUCAAUGUAAUUAUGCUUCUGCCAAACACGGAAUUGAAUCAUUUACUCGCGUGGUCGCCAAAGAAGCAGCCAAACACAAUAUUCGCUGUAACUGUGUUAUGCCUGGUUUUGUCGAUACUCAAAUCUUGGCACCGGUUCCUCAAAAAGUCAUGGACAAAAUCAUUCCUCAAAUACCUUUAAAGAGAAUUGGUAAACCUGAAGAAAUAGCAGACGCAAUCUGCUUUUUAUCCUCUCCUCGAGCUUCUUAUAUAACCGGGAUAACUCUUCAAAUCUCUGGUGGUUUAUUUGUUUGAUCACUUCAGCUUAUUAACCAUACUGUGGACUAUAAAACCUCAAAGUGCUAAUUCCAAGCAUUCCAGUUGAAUUGAAGAAAACGCUCUGCUCUUAAUGCUGUGACUUAUUAUUUUGGUUAUAUUUCUAUUUUGGUAAUCUAAGAUUAAUUAUUAUACUUCAAAAUGUUCAAAGAAUUUUAAAAUUGUUUUCCUUUUUUCA